CCAGGAGCUCCGGAGCGGCGGCAGCGCCGAUCUUCGCCGAGGGCGAGGCCUGCCGAGCAGCCUGGCAGAAGGCAGCGGCUGGCUACGAUGCUCCCGAUGCCCACCUGGAGAUCCUGGGCAAGCCGGUGAUGGAGCGCUGGGAGACUCCCUACAUGCACUCCCUCGCGAAUGUGGCUGCCUCCAAGGGGGGCCGCGUGCUGGAGGUGGGAUUUGGCAUGGCCAUCGCUGCCACCAAGGUGCAGCAGCUGGACAUCGAGGAGCACUGGAUCAUCGAGUGCAACGAGGGCGUCUUCCAGCGCCUGCAGCAGUGGGCAAAGACGCAGCCACACAAGGUGGUGCCUCUGAAGGGGCUGUGGGAGGACGUGGUGCCAGCGCUGCCCGAUGGGCACUUUAGUGGGAUCCUGUAUGACACCUAUCCACUGUCAGAGGACACCUGGCACACACAUCAGUUCAGCUUCAUCAAGGACCAUGCCUUCCGCCUGCUGCGUCCCGGCGGGAUCCUCACCUACUGCAACCUGACGUCCUGGGGAGAGCUGCUCAAGACCAGGUACAGCGACAUUGAGAAGAUGUUUGAGGAGACCCAGGUGGAGCACCUAGUCCAGGCUGGGUUCAAGCGGGAGAAUAUCAGCACAAGGGUGAUGGAGCUGGUGCCCCCCCCGGAGUGCAGGUACUACUCCUGCCCCAAGAUGAUCACACCUGCCAUCCUGAAACACUGA